AUGAAAGUGAAAAUCAAAAGAUAUCAUGCAAUUGCUAAUUGGACUUGGAAGACCCCUAAAGACGAUGUUUGCGGCAUUUGUCGAGUCCCUUUCGAUGGAUGCUGCCCUCAGUGUCUAACGCCUGGUGAUGACUGUCCCAUAGUAUGGGGGAAAUGUACGCACAUCUUUCAUGCUCAUUGCAUCGAAAAUUGGCUUUCAACAGCAGGAUCUCAAGGACAAUGCCCAAUGGAUAGACAGACGUUUAUUGUUGCUGAAUCUAGUAUCACACCGUAA